AUGUCAGCCCAUCACCGACCUCGUAUCACACCCGACACCUUUCUUCACACCGUCUCGCUCCCAAACCGCACAGGCCCCAUCCAGCCAUCUCCCCCCAUCACAAUAUUCCUGAUUUCAGGAAACCCUGGCCUAAUCAGCUACUACCACACCUUCCUCUCUCUCCUCUCAGAGAAACUAAAUCAGAAACUAAAAUCACACACCACCAGCCAAGUCCACCCCCCCAGUUUUCAGAUCUACGGCCACAGCCUGGGCGGCUUCGCGCUACAGACCCCACAACACCCACACCCGUGCGACUACGACCUCGAAGACCAAAUCGGUUAUGUCCAGGGUAAACUUGACGAGUUCCUCUCCAGCCCGGAGGGCUGCGGAUCCAGUGCUGCUGAAGGUAAGUCCAAGGUGAUUCUCAUCGGCCACUCUGUGGGCUCGUACAUCGCCAUGGAGAUCCUGCGGCGGCACCGCGAGCGCGCAGCCAGCGCUGCUGCUGCUACUGCUCCUCACGGCUCCACGGCCUCCUUCGACAUCAUCGGCGGCAUCAUGCUUUUCCCAACGGUGAUGGACAUCGCCAAGUCGCCCUCGGGGCGGAAGUUGACGCGGUUGCUGUGCGUCGUGCCCCAGCUUGCGCUGGUCGUGGGGUUCCUGGCGCGGGUGCUCGUGGCGCUUCUUCCGGCGUCUUGGCUGCGCGGGCUCAUCCGGGUCGUGAUGGGCUCGGCGAUGCCGGAAAACGCGGUCGAGACGACGGCGGCGUUUGUCCAGAGUAAGACGGGGGUGAGGCAGGCGCUACACAUGGCUGCCGAUGAGAUGCGUACCAUCACCGCGGAUAAAUGGAGCGACGAUGUCUGGGGCGUGUCGACGGCUGAUGAGCCGCUGGCGCGGCUGGUCUUCUACUUCGGCCGGAACGACCACUGGGUUGCGGAGCGGACGCGCGACGAGAUCAUCGAGCUUCGGGGCCGUGUGGAGGGCGGGCCGACGAUGCUGGUCUGUGAGGAUGGGCUGCCGCAUGCAUUCUGUCUGAGGCAUAAUGAGGUUAUGGCUGGGAAGGUCGCGGACAUGGUCAUGGAUAUUGUGUCGGAGUGA